CGCUUUGUUCCUCUUUGUGAAAAUGCAGCGUUGAGCAAAGUGUGUUUGUGAGAAGCAUCAUGAGCCGCUACGACAGCCGCUCCGGCGACCCCACUUCGUACCGUGACCGGAGGAGUGAUUCUGGGCUAGGUGCACCUACAGGGUCUGGUGGUUCGGUACAGCAUUCUUCAUCAGACAGGAGGGAUUAUGAUGAUGGUGGGUCACCGAGGAACCUCAAUUUGGAUGGUUUACCUCAUUUUGAGAAAAACUUCUACACUGAGUCACCGGCAGUAAGGGCAAUGACAGAGGUUGAGGUUAAUGAGUACCGGCAGCAGAGGGAAAUAACUGUUGAAGGUCGAGAUGUCCCCAAACCUGUUAAGACCUUUCACGAUGCCAGUUUUCCAGAAUAUGUAAUGCAAGAAAUUACAAAAGCUGGCUUUUCUGAACCUACACCCAUUCAGUCUCAAGGUUGGCCAAUGGCUUUGAAGGGGCGUGAUCUGAUAGGAAUUGCAGAAACAGGAUCAGGGAAGACUCUUGCUUACUUGUUGCCUGCCAUUGUGCAUGUCAAUGCUCAGCCAAUUCUAGAUCCUGGAGAUGGACCAAUUGUGUUAGUUUUGGCUCCGACUCGUGAACUUGCUGUCCAAAUACAACAAGAGGCGACUAAAUUUGGUGCAUCAUCAAGGAUUAAGAGUACAUGCAUAUAUGGUGGGGUUCCAAAAGGACCUCAGGUGCGUGAUCUCCAGAAAGGUGUUGAAAUUGUAAUUGCCACUCCGGGAAGGUUAAUUGAUAUGCUUGAGUCAAAUCAUACUAACUUGCGGAGGGUCACAUACCUUGUACUGGAUGAAGCUGAUAGGAUGUUGGAUAUGGGGUUUGAUCCUCAAAUACGGAAAAUUGUCUCUCAGAUUCGUCCGGAUCGUCAAACAUUGUACUGGAGUGCUACCUGGCCAAAGGAGGUUGAACAGUUGGCAAGGAAGUUCCUUUAUAACCCAUACAAAGUAAUUAUAGGCUCACCAGAUUUAAAAGCUAACCAUGCAAUACGGCAAUAUGUUGACAUUGUUUCGGAAAAGCAGAAAUAUGAUAAAUUGGUGAAGUUGCUAGAGGACAUCAUGGAUGGCAGCCGAAUACUGAUAUUCAUGGAUACCAAGAAAGGAUGUGAUCAGAUUACUAGGCAGCUCCGCAUGGAUGGCUGGCCUGCACUUUCAAUUCAUGGAGAUAAAAGUCAAGCAGAAAGAGAUUGGGUGCUCUCAGAAUUUAAAUCUGGAAAAAGUCCUAUUAUGACUGCAACAGAUGUUGCAGCCCGUGGUUUAGAUGUGAAGGAUGUGAAGUAUGUGAUAAAUUAUGACUUCCCAGGAUCACUGGAGGACUAUGUUCAUCGCAUUGGGCGGACUGGGAGAGCUGGUGCAAAAGGAACUGCAUACACAUUCUUCACAGCUGCUAAUGCCAGAUUUGCAAAGGAACUUAUAACCAUACUUCAUGAAGCUGGACAGAAAGUGAGUCCUGAAUUAGCAGCAAUGGGGCGUGGUGCACCACCUCUGCCGUCAGGUUCCCGAGGUUUCCAAGACCGUGGGAGGGGUUAUGGCGGUUCUCGUCCUUGGAGCUGAUUGAUGAAGGUGUAGACCAACUUGAUUGACAAAGGAAACUAUCAUGUCAUUCGUGUUUGCUCUUAACGUGUUAUGCUGUCCUAAUUGCUAAUGAAUGUAAACUUGUAAGAGUAGCAUAGGAAUUCAGUAUUCUUGUUCCACAAUUAACUUCGUACAAAUGUCCAUAGAACAUGUACCAUCAAACAAUUGUUUAUAAGUCAUAGUUCAUAGCAUAACAAAUCAUUUUGCAGGAAACAAGGAUCACAUUUAUUAGUUCACCUUAUUGUUUAUCC